GCCCCGAACCCCCCCAAAACCCACCCAAACACCCCCCCCAGAGCCCCCCAACCCGAGCCAUGGCGGGCCGGGGCCGGGGCCGGGGCCGCGGGCAGAUGACCUUCAACGUGGAGGCGGUGGGGAUCGGGAAGGGAGACGCGCUGCCCCCCCCCACCCUGCAGCCCUCCCCGCUCUUCCCGCCGCUGGAGCAGCGCGCGGCGCCGCUGCCGGGGGGGGAGGAGGGCGAGUACAUGCUGGCGCUGAAGCAGGAGCUGCGCGGGGCCAUGCGGGGCCUCCCCUACUUUGUCCGGCCCGGGGCACCCCGAAGAGACAUCGAGCGCUACUCAGACAAGUACCAGAUCUCCAGCCCGGUUGACAGCGCCAUCGACUGGAACCCAGACUGGAGGCGGCUGCCGCGGGAGCUGAAGAUUCGCGUGCGGCGGCUGCGCAAAGGCCGGACCACCCUCCUGCUCCCCAAGAGCAAGCAGCGGGUCACACUCGACAAGGAAGAGGCCAUUAAGAAGCUGGAGAGCCUGGAGAAGAAGGAGGAGGAGGUGACGUCAGAGGAGGAAGAGGAGAAGGAGGAGGAAGAGGAAGGGAAAGAAGAGGAGGAAGAGGAGUAUGACGAGGAAGAGCACGAGGAGGAGACCGAUUACAUCAUGUCCUACUUCGAUAACGGGGAGGACUUUGGCGCCGACAGCGACGACAACAUGGAUGAGGCGGUUUACUGACCCCCCCCCGGGGACAUCGGGGUCCUCUGGCACCCCCCGCGGCACAGGGGGGUCCCCUAUCACCAGCACAGCCCCCCCCAAAUACCUGGGGUCCCUUGUCACCCCCCCCAGGACAUGGGGGGGGUCCUGUCACCCCCCUUCUCUUGCCUGCAGGUGGCACUUGUGCUCCAGAGCUGGGGGGGUGGGUGUGGGGUGUUGGCCCCCCCUUCAAGGUGGGAUCCCCCGAGAUUGGGGCACCCCAGAGCGCUGGCGGCUUGUAGAGGGGGGAGCACCCCACUGCCCCCCAACCUCGGGGUCCCUGGGGGCUCUCACAGCCCUGGGGGGGCCCAGCCCUGGCCUUGCCCCUUUUCCUCAGCCCCUUUUUGAGCAGCUUUUUAACUUUUGGGGUUUUUUUACCCAAUUUGGGGCAGAUUAAAGGGAAUUUUGGCA